UAAAUUGGCAACACUUAAGACGCCCUGCCCAGUCCCACCAUCCGGCGGAACAAGAGCGACGGCAAGCUGAUGGCCCAGGACAUCAAGGAGGCCCGGGUGAAGGUCAUCUAUACCGGCGGCACCAUCGGCAUGAUGCGGAACGAGCGGAGUGUUCUGGCACCCAUUCCCAACGCCCUGGUGCGGCACAUCCGGAAGUACCCCAACAUCCACGACGAGGGGUAUGCCCUGCAACGGUUUGGGGCUUCCGCCUCGAUGGCCCCACUGGUCCUGCCCCUCGUCCAGGGCGUGGACCGCAGGAUACUCUACCAGAUCACGGAGUACACGCCGCUUCUGGACAGCAGCAACAUGACCAUGAACGACUGGGCCCGCAUCGCCAGCGAUAUUCAGCAAUCGUACGAGUUCUUCGACGGAUUCGUUGUCCUCCACGGCACUGACACUCUCUCCUACACCGCCUCGGCCCUCUCGUUCAUGCUGGAGAAUCUCGGCAAGACGGUGAUCAUCACCGGCUCCCAGAUACCCAUUUUUGAGACGCGAACCGACGGCAAGGACAACUUCACCUCCGCCCUGAUCAUAGCCGGCAACUACAUCAUUCCGGAGGUGUGCAUCUUCUUCGGCCACAAGCUGAUGCGCGGCAACCGGACGGUGAAGGUGAGCUCGAACUCGCUGGACGCCUUCGACUCGCCGAAUGUGCCGCCCCUGGCGAGGAUCGGCAUAGACGUCAAUGUGGACUACCGACUCAUCUUCCGGCCGUGCAGCAUAGAGCGUUUUUGCGUCCACCUGAAUCUCGACGAGAACGUGGGUCUGCUGCGCAUCUUCCCGAGCAUUUCACACUCCACCUUCCGUGCCUUCCUGGCGCCACCGAUCCGCGGCGUGGUGCUGCAGUCCUUCGGCUCUGGCAACAUCCCUUCGAACCGCAAGGACCUCAUCGAGGAGCUGAGGGCUGCCGAUGAGCGGGGCGUGAUCAUCAUCAACUGCACCCAGUGUCCCAAUGGCACUGUGGCCGAGAUCUACGACACGGGCAAGGUCCUGUGCGAUGUGGGCGUGAUUCCCGGCUACGACAUGACCCCGGAGGCGGCGCUCUCCAAGCUGGCCUACGUCAUUGGCAAGACGGAGUGGUCCUUGGAGGUCAAGAAACAGAUGAUGCAGUCGAACCUGCGCGGCGAACUGACCUCGGUGAAGGCGGCUAAAAUAGAGGACUACGAUCUGGUGGACGCAGUGGCUCGAUCCCUGCACCUGUCCUCGCCACAGGAACUGGACCAGCUGGGCGCCACCCUCUUCCCGGCCAUGAUAAACGCCGCCGUGUCGGAGAGCGAUCUUAAGAAGAUCAACAACCUGAAAGCCUACGGAGCUGACCUCUCCGGCAUUAAUCACGACCAGAGAACGGCCCUCCACCUGGCCUGUCAGCUGGGCAGUGUCGACAUCGUCAAGUACCUGCUGAACAAUGGAGUCUCUGUUCAUGUCCGUGAUCGGUACGACCGCACACCCCUGCUGGAGGCAGUGUCCACCGACAACCACGAGAUCAUCCAGCUGCUGAUCAACUGUGGCGCCCAUCUCACCGGAUCCUCGCGGGCGGUGGGUGAGCAGCUGUGUGCCGCGGCGGCCAGGGGCUCCAUUGUUCGGAUGAAGUCCUAUCAACUGGCCGGCGCCGAUCUCUCCCAGGCCGAUCCGUCGGGCAGGACGGCUCUGCAUGUGGCUGCCUUGCACGGCCACCCGGAAGUCAUCCUCUACGUCCUCCCGUAUUUCGAGAAUCCCAACGAGAAGGACAUGCUCGGCCUGACGCCGUGGGAUUAUGCAGAACGAGGUGGACAUCCUGCGGUUUUGGAAGCCCUAAAAUCCACAGGAUGAGUCCCGGGUAGUUUAAUGUUAAAAGAUUACUUAAUUUUUGCUGUUUUUUAGCGGAAUAUUCUCCUGGUUUUGAACUUUUGUGUAUUUAUUUUAAGAAUUCGGAAUACCAUCGAAAAUAUUUGUCGCUAAUUACGGAAAAAAUAAUUUCUGUGACAGUUUUUUUAUUAAAUACUUAAUAUUCCUUUAAUCAGUCGUGUCUAGUCCAUGGGUUCCUAACUAAACGUGCAACUUGUGAGUGUAUUUUGAUACUAAUACUAACUAGCAUUUGUAUUUAAACCGUGUUUGAAUCAUUUUUGUUUUUAUUUGAACUUAAAAAGUCUUCGAAUUGUUAAAUGUAAUGUAAUAUAUAUUAUAAAUGGAAAAACAGUCCACGAAUUAUUUAAAACUCAGAUU